GUUUGGAGCCUGGGAGCCUGGGCAAUACAGUUGUGUGCUCACUGGGCGAAGAGGCUGACUUAGGGCGGGGAAAGGAGGGAGCCAGGCUGGACCCCUUCCCGCAGCGCUCCUCACAGUUGCCCUCUAGUCCCGGCGCAGUGCUGUUGCCCUGAGGACUGGCCUAUCCUUGGCCAAUCCGCUGGGUCCUUAUUGCCUGUUGGGCCCCUAGUGCGAGUCAGUCCCGCCAGAGACCCUUGGCGGGCCUCCUGUUUUACUCUGAGCUCCGGCCUCAUGAGGCGAGAGGUUUCCCUCCGCCUCCUGAGGGCCUUUCCUAACCCAGAGAGUGGAUUCCUGGCUCCAGAAGGUGGGCUUGGAGCGGGGGCCACGUUGAGGAAGGCGAAGGGCAUUGUGGGGGCGUUAUGUAAAAGUAGGACCCCAACCGACAGAUCCUAGCGCUCGCGCCACCUGGGCGCGCGGAGCUCUGCUCGUUUACUAUUGGAAAAGUUCCAGCGCGGGAAACUGAACCGGGAGCUUUGCGCACGCUUGAGCCAUCAAGUAAUGUGGGUGGUGGCUUUUGUUGUUGUUGUCGCCACGCAUGCGUCUCCGUGCCGUGUGGCUAUUUGAUUGUGUCAACUCUGCUGAUCAGAAUAGCGCCAUUUUGCGGUACGGAAGCUACACAGCAACACGUAUAAGAGCCUCUCCCCGAGAUCUUCUAGGGAGUGACCCUUCUAUUUUUGUUUGGGAAGAGGAAACUCCGAAAUGGGAUCGCGGAAGACUUAAAGGGCCAGGCUUGAUUUUUUUUUUUUCCUACUGCAGGUCCCUGAGGCUCUGGUUGCUACAGAGUCACCAGGAGCUUGGCUUGCUUGUCUCAUCCUUCCCUUGCCUGGUAUCAUUUUCUCAGUUCUCCCAAAAGCCAUGUCCCGGCCCCUCCUCAUCACCUUCACCCCAGCCACUGACCCCAGCGACCUCUGGAAGGAUGGGCAGCAGCAGCCACAGCCCAAGGAGCCAGAGUCCACCCUGGAUGGAGCUGCAGCCCGAGCUUUCUAUGAGGCCCUUAUUGGGGAUGAGAGCAGCGUUCCUGACUCCCAGAGAUCUCACACUGAACCUGCCAGAGAAAGAAAGAGAAAGAAAAGAAGAAUAAUGGGGGCAGCUGCAGCAGGAGCAGUAGCAGAAGGAGUAUCAGGAAGAUAUGGACAAGGGAGAUCCCUUGAGGCUGCAGAUAAGAUGACUCACCGGAUACUGAGGGCAGCCCAGGAGGGGGACCUGGCAGAACUUAGGAGACUGCUGGAGCCCCAUGAGGCAGGAGGAGCUGGGGGGAAUAUCAACGCUCGGGAUGCCUUCUGGUGGACCCCACUGAUGUGCGCUGCUCGAGCAGGCCAGGGGGCAGCUGUGAGCUAUCUCCUGGGCCGUGGGGCUGCCUGGGUGGGGGUCUGUGAGCUGGGUGGCAGGGAUGCGGCUCAGCUCGCUGAAGAAGCUGGCUUUCCUGAGGUGGCCCGCAUGGUCAGGGAGAGCCAUGGAGAGACAAGGAGCCCAGAGAACCGGUCUCCCACUCCCUCCCUCCAGUACUGCGAGACCUGUGACACCCACUUCCAAGAUUCCAACCACCGCACAUCCACUGCUCACCUGCUGUCACUGUCCCAGGGUCCUCAGCCUUCCAACCUUCCACUUGGGGUGCCCAUCUCCAGCCCGGGCUUCAAACUCCUACUGAGGGGGGGCUGGGAGCCAGGAAUGGGACUGGGACCCCGGGGUGAGGGCCGUGCCAACCCCAUCCCCACUGUCCUCAAGAGGGACCAGGAAGGACUAGGCUACAGAUCAGCACCCCAGCCCCGAGUAACACAUUUCCCAGCUUGGGAUACCCGAGCUGUGGCUGGGAGGGAGAGAGCCCCUCGGGUGGCCACGCUGAACCGGAAGGAGGAGAGAAGGAGGGAGGAGAAAGACAGGGCUUGGGAGCGGGAUCUAAGGACUUACAUGAACCUUGAGUUCUGACUUGGUAAAGUCUGACCCCGGUCUGCUGCUGAAGUCUGAACUUGGGCCUCUGACCUGGGCCCUUUGACUUCCCCUUCCUGGGAUCUGCCCAGGGGCAGAUCCUCAGUUUUUGGUCAGUGGACUCUGUCUUUGUGAGAGACGGGCUGAGAGUGAUAAAUAAAUCAACCUUUUGUGGUUCA